ACUUGCUUUUGCAGCAGUUGGUUUUUCCUUUCAAGUUGACUCAACUGUCAGAACACACACUUGGAACAUGAACCUCUCCUACAAGCUGUCUUCUUCGGAGAAAAUGGUCACUGAUGGAUUUGAAGGUGGGACAGUGGUGGCUUGUGUGAUCCUGGGCCUGUCGUUUUUGGUAGGAACUCCUGGGAACCUGCUAGUGAUCUGGACCAUCUUGAGACAGAUCAUGCAGAGAUCCCACACAGUUGUGCUCAUGCUGCAUUUAGCUGUUGCUGACCUGCUGGUCCUCAUCACCUUGCCUCUGUGGAUCUACUCUCUAGUUUACUCGUGGGUGUUGGGUGAGGCUCUCUGCAAGACUUUGGUUUACAUUGUGAGUGUGUGUAUGUUCAGCAGCAUCUUCUUCAUCACUCUGUUGAGCAUAGAGCGCUUCUUGGCCAUCUGUCAUCCGUUUCUGAUGAUGCGCUGGAAGACCAAGAGUGCUAUGAACAGAUGUCUGAUAUUUUUGUGGAUCCUCGCUUUGCUUCUCGGAGCGAUUUCUUUACUGACCCACCCUAUGGAUGCCAGUGAUGGAACUGAGCAGUGUUUCAUCAAAGAAUUCAGCUCUAGCACUCAAGCAAUCAUCUUGUUAUCUCUGGAGACCAUUCUGGGCUUUGUAGUCCCUUUUAUCACUUUAAGUGUCUGUUACUGUCUUGUUGUGGCCCAGCUAAGGAAAAUGAGGUUCAACUCCAAACAGAAAUCCAUGCGACUUGUGCACAGUGUGGUGAUAGCCUUUAUUCUGUGCUGGUUACCUCACCAUGUCAUCAAUUUAAUUGAUCUGUACUGCAUCCUAAGACCAGACACAGAGCAUGAUUGUGUAGCACAGGGUGUUGUCUUCACCUCAGGGGCACUUGUUUUCAUCAGCAGCUCAGUGAACCCUGUGUUGUAUGCCUUCUUCGCCAGAAACUUACAAGGAAGUUUCGAGGAGUCUCGUCUUGUCCGGCUGUUUCAGGAAAUGGCCAGUCACACACAAAGGCUGAUGGAGCUGGUAGUACAACAUCAGACAGGCCAGAGGGCAGCAAAUACACAGAUAGAGCUAAUGUCCGCGCCUGUGUAAAGAAACACUGAAGCCAGGAUGAUGUGAAGAUUCGACAUGUGUCUCGUUUAUCAGACUAAACUUUUUCAUGAUGGACUAAUUUUCAUUUUGACCUACAGAUGUGAACGAAUGUACCCUUUAAAACAGUGCUUACAACUGCAAUGUAUUUUAAUGAUCAUCAUUAACUUUUACCAUCUUCUCUGUUGUACAGUAGCCUACAUUUACUCCUAGUUGUCCCUGAGAGCAUACACAUGACUGUAAUAUCUAUAGCCUAUGUUUCCACAAUGUGAUGGUAGGUUUUUAUUUAUGUAGCCUACCUUAAGUUGGGUGCUGGCAGCAGGUUGCUUCCAGAAUGUCAGCUAUUUUGUAGAGUAUAGUAGUGAGCUGCUAUCUACUGUCUUUUGCCUGCCCUACUGUAGUUCAGGUUUACCCUCUCAGUUUUAGUAAUAUUUGAGAGUGAUUUUGUUUUUUACAGUUUUUUGUAAGUAAACUCUUUUCAAAACUCAA